CUUUUAUUUUGUGGUAAAUACUGCUGAAAGGAAUAAAUAACCACGCCUCGCCCAUGUACAGCAACAUCCCCAGGGAACACACCCACUUAGCAACCAGGAGUGGAGCUGAAGAGCAGCGCUGCGCCUUUAAUUCCGCGGCUGGGGUGGGGGCAGCUCAGAGAGGUUCCGCUCCCCCAUUCCCUCCGCACCUCCAGUGGCAGCUGUCACCUGUAAGCCGAGCACCGCUCAGGGGCAUGGAGCCCAGCACCCAUUGGAUAGGACCUCUCGGCAGCAACCUACCCCCCAAGCUGGGGGCCCGGCCAGGCGCAGGAGGAGGGCAGGAGCCCCAAGCGCCCUUCGCCCGGAGUGCGGCGGGGAGGGCGUGACUGCAGUCCAGCUUCGGGGAUCCGAGCCCCAGGUGAGCCUGGCGAGGCGGCUGGGGCGAUCCGGGAGGCGCAGGGAUCGAGCAUGGCGCUGGCAGCCGCAGCCGCUGCCGCCGCAGCAGCCGCAGGGGUGAGCCAGGCGGCGGUGCUGGGUUUCCUGCUGGAGCACGGCGGGCAGGUGCGCAACUCGGAACUGCUGAGCCGCUUCAAGCCGCUGCUGGACGCAGGGGACCCGCGCUGCCGCGCAGCCCGCAGGGACCGCUUUAAGAAGUUCGUCAACAACGUGGCGGUGGUGAAGGAGCUGGACGGGGUCAAGUUCGUGGUGCUGAGAAAGAAGCCGCGGCCGCGGGAGGGACCAGAGCCCCCGCACCCCUCCAGCCCUGGGGUGCCAGCCACACAGGCCGAGUGCACUGCCGUCCCAGCGGAGGACAACUGCGUCCCCGGAGCUCCCCUUUCCCCACAGCCGUCCGAGGAACCGCUGGAGGACUUGUCCUCAUCAUCGGAGCUACAGCAUGCCUCGAGGUCCCCACCCUCAGGGGUCACCCAGCUUGGGGCUCCAUCAGACUCAGCGCCACAGCCCGGGGAACCCGAGGAUCAGGAGCUAUCCUGGCCCUCGGAGGGAGCCUCCGAGGUAGCCGCACCGGCCAGUGUGCCGUCGGGGGCAGCCUCGCCAAGCACAGAGUCGCCAGACCCGGAGCCUGCACCUCCCAGGGCGCAAGUGCCACCGCAGAAGCCCUGCAUGCUGCCGGUGCGCUGCGUGGUCCCCGGCCCCGCGGCGCUGCGGAUCCGCGCGGAGGAGCAAGGCCUGCGCCGGCAGCGGUCGGAGGAACCGAGUCCGCGGGCCUCUCCGAUGCUCCUGCGGCGGCUCUCGGUAGAGGAGUCGGGUCUGGGCCUGCACCUGGGACCCGGCCGCUCCCCUCAUCUCAGGCGCCUGUCGCGCGCCGGCCCGCGCCUGCUGAGCCCCGAUAUGGAGGAGGUGCCUGCCGCGCCGCCGCCGCCGCCCGCGGUGCCCCUGGAGCCCACAGAGCACGAGUGGCUGGUGCGCACGGCCAGCGGCCAUUGGAGCCACCAGCUGCACGGGCUGCUCUUGCGGGACAGCGGCCUGGCUGCCAAGCGUGACUUCAUGUCGGGUUUCACCGCUCUACACUGGGCAGCCAAGAGCGGCGACCGGGAGAUGGCUCUGCAGCUGGUGGAGGUCGCCCGGCGUGGAGGCGCUCCUGUGGACGUGAACGCGCGCUCACACGGUGGCUACACGCCGCUGCACUUGGCGGCCCUGCACGGCCACGAGGAUGCAGCCGUGCUUUUAGUGGUACGUCUGGGCGCCCAAGUGCAUGUCCGCGACUACAGCGGCCGUCGUGCCUACCAGUACCUGAAGCCUGGCUCCUCCUACGCGCUGCGGCGUUUACUUGGUGACCCUGGCCUGCGAACCACGACGGAGCCUGAUGCGGCCAGUGGUGGCAGUGGGAGCCUUGUGUCGAGGCACCCCGUGCAGGUGGCCGCCACCAUCCUCAGCUCCACCACUAGCGCGUUUCUGGGCGUCCUGGCCGACGACCUGAUGCUCCAGGACCUGGCCCGUGGCUUGAAGAAGUCGAGCUCCUUCAGCAAAUUCUUGGGUGCCUCGCCCAUGGCUCCCCGAAAGAAGACCAAGAUCCGUGGUGGCCUGCCCUCCUUCCACGAAAUCUCUCGUCGACCCACCCCGGGGCCUUUAGCUGGAUUAAUGCCCAGUCUGCCCCCUCCAACCUGAAUGGCCUUUAAGCUACCAAUGCCUUGGUUGACCAACCAGGGCCUGUGCCAUACCAUCUAAGCCUGUCCAAGGCAGGCCAGACACCUGCAGCCUGGGUCUCACUUCCAACUUCACCCAUUGCAGCCUGUCGUACCCAGAUGGGCCUCCCCAUUCUGUCUGAACUUUGAUGUGUGUACAGGAAUUGGAUUCUUGUCUCCUGGGAGAGGCUCCUAUGAAGAAACCAAGCAGUUAGGCCUGAACUUGGAGGAGACUUGACGUUUGGGGUCACAUGCUAAGGGGCAGCAGCUGGUCUGGCCCCUGGAGGUGUUAACCAGAGGCCUUCGUGUGGACAGAUCUCCCAAUUCAGAAGUCGAGCCAGGCUCUCUAGAUGUUCAAAGAUGGUGACUUUAAGAUCUGUAGUGGCUUUGUAAUUGGAUGCUUUUAUUCUGAUUUUAAAUUAAAAUGAGGUACGGAAAACUUUGAUAAUACCUUUUGAAAUUCUAUUUUUUCCACUUUUAGGCAAAGUGCAAAGACAUUUUCAGUCUUUUGCUGACUAUUUUGGAAAUCUAUCUUUUAAAAAGUUGAGUCUAAAGGAAAUUGGUCCUAGCCAACAACACUAAAGUUUAUCUACCUCAUCAUAGGCAGCACAGAUUCUGAAAUCUUGAGCAUGGAACACCGUUGUGACCCUAAUGAAUGUAACCAAUUCCAGUUGUACUGUGAACAUCAAAUACUGAGAAACAAGUGUGUGAUUGGGCAUGGUCACCCACGCCUUUCAUCCUACCACUUGGGAGGUAAAGGCAAGCAGAUCUCUGUGAGUUCUAGACCAGCCUGGUCUACAAAGUGAGUUCCAGGACAGCCAGGGCUACACAGAGAGACUCUCUCAAAACAAAACAAACAAACAAUCUCCCCCCCAAAAAAAAACCCCAAACAAGCAAAAUCAAACAAACCAAAAGAAGUGCAUCUUGAGAGUAAACGUGAUUUAACAGAGAAAAGAGACAUUUUGGUAAAUAAUUUUAAACUACUCUGAAAUGUAAAUGUGUUUCACACUAACCCGUGGCUACUUUGAUUUGGCAUGAAAUUUCAAUUUUUUUAAAUUGUGAUUUAAUUGUGAAUUCUGAAUCUGUGGUUUUCAGUGCAAUGGGUGACUAUUCAAAGAAAAAAAUUAUUACUCCAGAAAAAAAACUAAUAGUAAUUGAAAUGAUCAUUACUCUUUUAUAUGAAAGUUGUGAACAAAUAGGUGUAUGAUAUCCAUUUUUCAAAAACCAUUUGAAAUAGCAAAUGCAGAACCUUAGUCCAGCAAACGCAGAUCUAGAAUGAGUAGCUUAACUUCUGGACCUUUGCUCCUUCCUGUGAAUGGAGCAGGCCUGUGGGUAUGGUCGAGAUUUCCGGUUGGGCACAGUAGAAUCAUAACAGUACCCUUCCCCCGCUUAAAAAACAAAAAAGAUGUGAGAUCUAUUUAUCAAUCAGCUUCUUGUAUCCUGUCAUGACGUUGCUCUGUUUCUGAAGAUUAUGUUUGCAUGUUAUCAGCUAUACUGAAUGGUUCUUGUGUCACAGGGGAGUGUGGCUCCCGCCCCAUUACAUGUCAGUGGGACCUUUGGAAUCACUGAAGACAACCCAGCAGUCAUUCAUGGAAUGAUUUAAGCAAUGAAAUAAACAGUUCCUGCUUUUA